ACAGGGCAUUGCAGGCCCUCUUGUGUGGGCCAUGCGAGUAGGUGCUCUGGGCACUCAGGGGUCAGUCCCCUCUCCAGGGGAGUGGUGCAGAUGGCGGGGGAGGGAUGGUGGUGCCUUCUCCACAUUUCAGCCCGGACAAAUGGCUCAGUGACACAGCCUGCCCUUGUCUCGGCUCCACAGGCCCACCCCGUGCAGCAGGGACUAAGGGGCGCCGCUGAAAGCAGCUGGAGCUCGGUUUGAUUGGGACACACGCCCACCGACCCCCUGACCUGAAUUGGCCCCAUCUCUUGUGUUCCCCCGGGCUGACUUUGGAUCCCCCCGAGCUUUGUCCCGUCUGGAAAGUCAGCGUGACACCCUCCCCCGACCCCGCCACCAGUUUCCAAAGUGCCAAACUCAGUUCUGAGGGCGGGACGUGCCCCAGGGAGCGGGCUGAGCCCGUCUGGGCCCCUGUGCGGGAGGGACUCGAUCGGGGCCACUGGGCACUUCAGGACCGGCGAGCGAAGAAAACUUGAGGCGGGCGGAAAGACAGAGGUCGGGCCGGUGCCUCGCUCUGUGCUGCCCCUGCGGCCAGACCCGAGGAGGGCUCGGGACCCACGCCCGUUGCGCCCCCGAUCUGGGGUUUUUUCCCCGGCAGGAAGCCCAGCUGGCGGCCAGACCGGCUGCUCCGCUCCCCGCUGCCUCCUCCUGGCUUCACCGAUCUGUGCGAGGAGCAGCCGCGGAGAUCCCCCGUGCCCCCUCCCCCUGCCUGCCGCCCGCCCCCGCCUUGGCAGCAGCAGCUCCGCGCUCCCCGGUGUGCCCCCUGCCCAGGGCUGGCGGGACGCAGGGCGGUGGCGGGGGCGCAGGCUGGAGGCGCGGGCGAUGCCGGCCGGCCCAGCACAGGAGCCAGCGGCCAAUCGGCGGCGAGCGAAACGGAGCGCAGGGAGCGCUCGGGAGGCGGCGGGCGCCGGCAGGGCAGUGGCGAGCAGCGGGCUCUGAGAGGCGGGGAUUGCGCCGUGCGCUCUGCGGCUGGGGACAGCGCCGGGGCCCCAGCGCGCCGGGGGUUUGCUCCGGCCCCGGGAGGAGCCAGCUCGGGGCUUCGCACCGCGCGAGCCCCGCCAGGAUUUACUGCACGGAGGGAGGUGAGCAGAGCCCGGCAGCCGCCGCUGGAUUCCAGCCUCUGGACAGCUCCCAGAUUGCAGUGAAUGGUGGGCCAGAGGUGAAGGAUUUAAACCCAGUGCCAGGAAGAAUGAACAAGGUUCACCAUGGAUAAUACAAAUGAGAUUUCUGCCAGAGGACAGGAAAAGGGGAAUCCCGGCUGAGGUAGUAAAAAGCCCCUAAUCUCUGACUCUUGAGCCCUUCACCAGGAGGAAAACACCAUUUCCUGAGCUGCUUCACCUUUCUUACACCCCGACUGGCUCCUGGCAGUACAGAUCUGACUCACUUGCCUGAUUAUUAAUCUGAUUUCCAAGGAUCUGGAGAAGAAUUUCUGGCUUGGUGCCAGGAAGCGCAUUAGAGACAUUGACUUGCUGCCCACAGGCCAUGCAGGGACAUUCUCUCCCCUCUUACUGACAACAAUGGAAAACCCAACAAAGGGGCAGAGGAUUUCUUAAUGAGGACUCCAUGUGUUUAACCUCUGCGGAGCCCUUGGGAACAGCACUGGAGAGUGUUAGGUGAUGUCGUGGAGGAUCUAUCUGAAAGCUCAGUGAGGGACCAGCUUUGCUGCCUAAAGAGCAGCACUACUGGAUUAAAGCCUUUGGGAUCAGCUGUUGUUAAGCAAUGCACUUGGAAUUCCAGGUGCAUUGCUUUGCUGCAGCACCCUGAUGUGAGACCCUUGAGAGCCGGGAUUGUCUAUUGCUUUGUCCUUUCAGGGACUUUUUAUGGGGGGUUGUUCCUGGUGGCCUUGGUGCUUUGUCUAUAACUGAUGAGCCUCUUCACUCAGCCCAUGGGCCUCUUCCCUUGAAGUGAAACAAGGAGGCUCGAGAGAGAGAGAGGGAGGGCAGCUCACCUCACCAUGGUGCUGCCGCCGCCUGACAAGCGCCACGUGUGUCUGACCACCAUUGUCAUCAUGACCAGCAUGGCCUUCAUGGAUGCCUACCUGGUGGAGCAGAACCAAGGGCCACGGAAGAUUGGUGUCUGCAUCAUUGUCCUGGUGGGAGACAUCUGCUUCCUCAUCGUGCUGCGCUAUGUGGCGGUAUGGGUGGGGGCUGAGGUGAAAACAGCCAAACGGGGCUACGCCAUGAUCCUGUGGUUUCUCUACAUCUUUGUGCUGGAGAUUAAGCUGUAUUUUAUAUUUCAGAAUUACAAAGCAGACAAGAAGAAUCUGGAGACAGUGGCCAGGAAGGCCUUGACCUUACUUCUGUCCAUCUGUGUGCCAGGGCUCUACCUGGUGCUGGUGGCCUUGGACAGCAUGGAGUACAUACGAACCUUCAGGAAGAAGGAGGAUCUGCGGGGACGCCUCUUCUGGGUGGCCUUGGACCUGCUGGAUAUAUUAGAUAUUCAGGCCAAUCUAUGGGAGCCACACAAGACUGGGCUUCCCAUCUGGGCAGAAGGGCUCAUGUUCUUCUAUUGUUACAUACUGCUCUUGAUCCUGCCUUGUGUCUCUCUUAGUGAGAUUAGCAUGCAAGGGGAGCACAUUGCUCCGCAGAAAAUGAUGCUUUACCCUGUGCUGAGCCUGGUCACCAUCAACAUUGUCACCAUAUUCAUCCGGGCCAUUAACAUGGUCUUGUUCCAGGACAGCAGGGUCUCCACUAUCUUUAUUGGCAAGAACAUCAUUGCCAUAGCCACCAAGGCAUGCACUUUCUUAGAGUAUAAGAAACAGGUGAAAGAAUUUCCCCAGAAUGCUAUUGCCCUGGAGCUCCAGCAGAACUCAAUCUCUCACAAUCAGACUAUCCACAGUACACAGGGAAUUUCUCAUGAGCAGUCACCCACCAGGGAAAUUCUGGAUACAUGACAGAUCACCUCCAGACAUCAGCAUUGGCUUGCAUUGCAUUGGGGGGUGUAGGGAGGUGAGAAGCUGCUCUCCCAUUGUAUGGGGCGUGCGUGAUGGACGAGUCCCAACAAGGAGAGCUCUCCCAGGCACAAAACACUUACCAUGUUUUAAUCAAACUAUGGAGUGUUUCCUAGACCUCUUCAUCUCAGGUAUAGCCCUAGGAAUUCUCCAGAAUAACCAAAUGAACUUGCAAAGGACCAGAACCAGCUACGCCCUCUGUUUUCCUUCCACUCACUCCUCCCCUGCCCAACCAAGUUCCCUGAUGCUGAGAUUUCUCUCUUUGUUCCUUAAGACUCUCACCUUUGAUCCAAGUCCUGGAAUGAAGAUAUUG